AAAACUAGUUUUUAAGGAAUUAUUUUUUCACCGUAUAUAGAAUAGAAAUUAAAUGAAAACAUCUGAUGGUAAGCAAUUUUUUUAUUCAUCCAAUUUUAUAUAAUGUCCAAUUUGUCUAAUUUGACAAAUUUAGAAUGAGAUGGAUCGAUCAGAGAUAUUUCUACAUUGAUUGCAUUUUAUCAAAAAACAGUUGCCUUUUAAGAAAUUUCUUUUACACUCAAUUUACCUGAAUAUCAUGUUUACCAUGCAUGGUAUAAGAAAAACAUCUAUUACACUGUUAACCAAUAAAUGUCAAAUAGACAAUAAAAACGGCAACGAAGUAGUCGAAGUGAAAAAAGAAGGAAGAAAAACAGAAAAUACAGAGAGCAAGUAAGUGUUUAAUAAAUACAAAAAAAAAUCGCCAAUUUUUUAUUCAUUAUCGUUGAUCGUGUUGCAUGCUCUGGACGCAAUUCUUUUAAUCAUUCUUUUACCAUUCAUAAUCUGGCAAUGGAUUUCCGCUAACGAUCGUUUAAAGAUCAUUCUGAAAGCCGUUGUAGAAGUUACGUUAGAAUUAAUUAUGUGGGUGAUUUUCGCUGGAGUAUCAGUUCUUAUGACUAUGACAUUCGUUAUGGAAGAUCUUUAUUACGGAAGAAACGACCAGGAGAAAUUGACAAACCAAUUGAACAUGCAAAACGAAUCAAUGUUGAACGUCAAUGAAAUGCCAAAUUUGUUAAAAGAACAAGAGAAAGUGAAAACUGUUGAGAAUUGAGAUCGAUCGAUUUUUACUUUUUAUUUCUUUGUCCUAUUAUUUUUUUAUUAUUUAUUUUAUUGGUUUUCAAAUGAAGUUUUCUGUAUCUAACUUUUUGUAUCCUUUUAAAGAAAAAUACAAUUUUUUACUC